AUGUGGACGUUGGUCGGUGAAGGUCGGCGAAACAUGCUCUUUCGAUAUGUCAAAACAUCCGCAACGGCCGAUGAAAAAGAUUAUAAAAAUGCUAGCUUAUGUGAUCUAGUUCUUCGGGUACCAAAAUUUGUUUGCGAUAACGUGAUUUUUCCACCUCUUAUAUACCGAUCCUUUUUGUCUUCGUAUCUUUUUCCUGCCAAUGAUAUUGCUUUUUUUUCCCCGAAAGCCAUAUAUGUUGAUAAAAUUCACGAUCAAGUCUUGGACCUGCUUUUUACUCAACAUCCGUUGGCAUGUAAGAAGCCUUCUUCGUUUAUGUAUUUUCUGCCUGACUCGUUGCUGUAUGAAGACAUGUGUAUCGAGCUCAAAGGAAGGAGCGAUCAAUGCCCGUUAAAUUUGUUUAGUGCCUCGUCACGUGCAGGGGUUUCCUCUGCUUUAGCGGCAUCAAAAAACUUGCGUUUGAAAGUUCAUUUUUCAGCACAAGAUGUCAAUUUUGACCUUAUAGCGGACAUUAUUUUGCAUUCUCGCAUUUUGGAGUUUAUACAAGGCUCAAUAGACAAGCUGUGUUGUAUUUUUGGAAAUCCUACCUCUAUGCAAGUGGGCCAUGAUUUGGACUUGACGCGGCUAAAAGAUUCUUAUUUAAAUAUUUUUACCAAGGAAAGCCGCUCCACAGAUCCAUCAAAGGAAGAUAGAAUGGCUGCUUUUCUGAUCUUUAGGACAUUGAGAGACUGCUCUUUGCUGAUCAAUAUCGUACGAUCCACCAAUUUCCCCACUCACUCCCUCAAUGUGUGGAAGUACUUUGAGAAAGAUGAUGUGUAUUAUUCGAUUCAAUUAAUUGACCUGGAUGAGAAAUUUUACACCAAUUUAUCUUCAUAUUUGCUGCAAUACCAAAGUUUUGAAAAAUUGGAUCCAAAUUUCAAGCACAAUUGUUUUUACUCCACAGGUGGCCGUGCAACCCAGUUUCAAGAUCAUCCUGAUGCCUGGCAGAGAGUCGAUUUGAUUCUUGAAACUUCGACGAAUAUUCAAACCAAAGUAUGGGGACCUUUUAUUACCACUUUUAAUAGUACCUUGCUUUGCAGAUUCUUGAAAAACUUAUCAAGGCAAGAUGGAAUGUUUUGCCCAGAGAACAAUGCGACGGUACCGCCUCCACUCCAUUUAUCAUUAGGCAUAAAAAAUUACAUCAUUGCCACCAUUAUUAAAAAUUCAUCAACCGAAGACUCGUUAAAGGCCGAGCGUCUUUUCCUAUCAAAGUUAAAUCUACUUUUGGUGCAAAUCCUGAAGCAAGAUUGGCCCAAAAAAUGGCCUACUUUUAUCACGGAGAUUAUUGGGGCCAGCAGAUCCAACAUCGAGGAGGUCUUUGAUUUUUCGGCUGAACAAAUGACCACCGUUCGUGCUAGGAACUUGAAAAAUCAGCUGAAUCAAGAAUUUGCCGAAAUAUUUCAAUUGUGCUCCGAAAUCCUACAGAAAUGCCAAAAGCCUUCAUUGCUGAUGGCUACCUUGGAGGCAUUGCUUCGCUUUCUCAAAUGGAUUCCUCUUGGCUAUAUUUUUGAGACAAACAUUGUGGACAAUCUGCGCCACCGAUUUCUUCCUACAAAUUACUUUAGAAAUGUAACGAUUGCGUGCUUUACAGAAAUUGGCGCCUUGAUAGUGGAGCCUGAAUUUGAUGAAAAGUUUUUCCACAUUUUUCAGUCCGUGAUGAGCGCAAUAAAUCAGAUCGUGCCUUAUUCUGACGAUCUUGAUCUUGUCAAGAAAUAUGCAGACUCCAAUGACCAUGAACAAAAAUUUAUCCAAAACAUGUCUCUUUUUAUGACGUCGAUUUUGGGUUCACACUUGAAGAUUUCUCUGAUUGAAGAUCGAGAGGUCUUUAAAAUCUGCCUGGAAUAUUGGAACAAGCUUGUGUUGGACCUUUAUAAUGAGGUUCCAAUCGACUUUGUACAAUCUCCAUUGUUACUUGGCUCUAUCAUUGGAGCAAACUCUAGAAGGGCUACAUAUGCUCGCAUUCUAUCCUCAUUAAGACACGUUAUGAUAAGCAAAAUGGUUCUCGUUGUCGAAGAUGAGAAUGGAGAAAUUGUUCGCGAAUUUAUCAAAGAAACCGAUACCAUCACUCUGUAUAAAAGUAUGCGAGAAUGCCUGUUUGAUCCGAGUGAGUGGAGCUGGAAUAACUUGAACAAGCUUUGUUGGGCAAUAGGGUCCAUAAGCGGGGCCAUGAAUGAGGAAUCUGAGAAGCGGUUUCUGGUGACCGUCAUUAGAGAUUUGCUUGGACUGUGUGAAAUCAAAAAGGGAAAAGACAACAAGGCCGUUGUUGCCUCCAAUAUCAUGUAUAUUGUGGGGCAAUAUCCUCGCUUUCUCAAAGCCCAUUGGAAGUUUUUAAAGACCGUCGUAAACAAGCUAUUUGAGUUCAUGCACGAACGACACGAAGCUGGGGAACAUGUGCCUUUUAUUGAGGAGAUAAUAUCAAACCUUGGGUCGACCGCUGCUGAUCUUCAGCCCCAACAGAUCCAUACAUUUUACGAAGCAAUUGGGUAUAUGAUUUCGUCCAGUCCAGAAUCGGAGGCCAGAAUCCGUCUUGUUGAAAAACUAAUGGCUCUGCCAAACCAAAUGAAUUCGCCUGAAGCUCUUCACGUUCCGGAGACCACCAAGCACCUUUGUAAUGUGCUGAAGACCAAUGCUGCUGCUUGCUCCUCCGUUGGAUGCUCGUUUAUCAACCAGCUGGCCCGUCUUUUUAUGGACAUGAUGGCCCUAUAUCGAUCCGUCAGCAUUAUAAUUUCCGACGCUGUCGCUACAAAGGUCAUUCGGGGUAUGCGGUCCGUAAAAAAGGAUAUAUUGCGUCUGGUUAACACAUACGUUGAACAUGCCGAUGAUUUAAAGAUGCUUUCGGAGAGCUUCACCCCGGCGCUGUUUGAGACCAUCCUUUUGGAUUACAAGUCCAACACGGAGUCCGCUCGCGAAUCCGAAGUUCUUCUUGUGACGGCUUCUGUGGUUGACAAGCUGGGCACCUUCAUUGGCGAUAUGGUUCCUGCUAUCCUUGAUUCUGUGUUUGAAUCCACACUGACCAUGAUCACGAAGAAUUUUUCUGAAUACCCGGAGCACCGACUAGGUCUUCUUUCCCUCAUCAAAGCCGUCAACUCCAAAUGCUUUCAAGAUAAUGAUCACAAGUCCGGAAUUAACCUGCAAUGUGCCAUCUUGGCCCAUAUUUAUGGGCUCGCCGCUGCAGACAGAAUCAAAUUCCCAUUGCUAAUUGAUGCUGUCUCGCCCCCUUUGAAUGUGGGAGCCGCCGUUCCGGGCGCCUGCAAAUCGGCACUUGAGGAACAUACAAAAUCGCUUCUAGCAAGGGCAACUCAAAUCUCCAUUUUUGUGCGUGGGCUUUUUGACUUGUUUCGAGACCACGAAUUGCUUAUGGCACACAUUAGGGACUUUUUGAUACAGCUUCGUGAGGUUUCCGGAGAAAAUGCAGAGAUGUUCCAUGAGGAGCUAGAGUUAGAGCAAGAGCGCAAAAAGAAGGUUGAGCUUGAAACGGCCAUGAAAAUUCCCGGUCUUAUGAAGCCAUCAGAGCUCCCAGAUGAUGCAGAUGAUUGA